AUGCCGGUCAUAGUCCACGCCAACCCGACGACCGCAAUGAGCCAAGCGCACGCGAUAGCCACAAAGGCAAAAAUUUCGUCGUCGCUGGUGAACACGAUGAAACCGUUGUACGCGACGCCCGCUAGGGUAAAAGCGGCGUACAUGGACAACGGAGUAUUGACCAAUCCUGUGGGUAACCAACAAACCAAGGAACAUAAACAAUUCACUCAUGACGAAAUUUUCCAACGUCUAAUCGAAAGUGCGCAAAAGAUUGCUUAUGAUAAGCAGGCUCCCGAUCGUGUUCGUCACGAGACGCUGUAUGAUGAAGGCGUUGCUGAAUUGCACAAAAUUCGUACCAUCGAACUUGAAGGCAAAACUGUGAAGCUACAAAUUUGGGAUACCGCAGGUCAAGAACGAUUUCGAACGAUUACUUCUUCUUAUUACCGCGGAGCCCACGGUAUCAUUGUGGUCUACGAUGUCACCGAUCAGGAUACCUUCACUAAUGUGAAGCAGUGGCUUCAAGAAAUUGAUCGCUACGCUUGCGAAGGUGUCAACAAAUUGUUGGUAGGAAACAAGAGCGAUUUGCAGAAUAAAAAGGAAUUUGCUGAUCAAUUGAAUAUCCCUUUCUUGGAAACAUCUGCCAAGAAUGCAACGAAUGUGGAGCAAGCCUUCUUGACAAUGGCAAAACAAAUUAAAGACAGGAUGGGUACGACCACUGUUUCCCCCGGAACCACCAGUCAAACCCUUAAAGUGGGUCCAGGCACAGGCACAUCAGUACCUCAACCAUCCAGCGGAGGAUGUUGUUAG